UUUGAAAUUCACGAGAAGACCCUACCCUCUGAUUCCGUCAAAAUAAGAUUCCAAUGGAGUAGUAUUUAUAUUUUCCAAUUCAGUAAACCAAACUUCGAAACUCACGUUCAAAUUCCUCUCUCUUUGCUAUCAUCAUAAUUCAUAAUUUCAGAAAUUUGAUUUUAUCAGCUCCAUAUUUCGUUGUUUUUUCACCAUGACAAGUGAAGAACUUCUAAUUAUCGAUCCUUUAGACCUCCAAUUUCCAUUCGAACUCAAGAAGUCAAUUUCGAGCUCUUUUGAACUGAUCAAUAAGACUGAUAAUCACGUUGCUUUCAAGGUAAAGACAACCAAUCCCAGGAAGUAUACUGUCAGGCCGAACAGUGGAAUUGUUCUCCCACGAUCAAGAUCCAACGUUACAGUUACGAUGCAACCGCAAACAGAGUUGCCUCCGGAUAUGCAAUGCAAAGACAAGUUUCUUGUACAGAGUGUGAUUACGAACCCUGGGUCUACCCCGAAAGAUAUUAACCCGGACAUGUUCAACAAGUCCGGAGGAAAUCAUGUUGAGGAAUGCAAACUAAAAGUUGUUUAUGUUUCACCACCAAGAAAGCCAUCACCAGUCCCUGAAGAUUCUGAGGAAGGGACUUCACCAGGAGCUUCUGAAACUGAUUUACAAGAACAUGUUGAGUCUCAGGAUAACUCCACUAAGGCCAGAGAACUAAUUUUGAGGUUGAUGCAAGAGAGAGAUUCCAUUAUUCAACAAAAUUCCAAGCUCAACCGAGAACUGGAGCUUCUGAGGCAUGGACGUCAAGAGCAUCGUACUGGAGUUCCACUUUCGUACAUCUUGGUGGUUGGCUUGCUUGGCAUCCUUUUGGGGUACAUUGUCAGAAACUUUUGAUGACCUCAGGUCUGAGAAUAAAGUCUCUUUCUGGUUGUGGCGGGCAGGUGUGGGGAGAUUUUGAAUACUUACUUUCUACGCAAAAUUUUGUACAUUAUUUGAAUCUGAAUUGCUCGGUAAUUCUGAAUAUUGUGCCAAAGGAUUGUUUGGAUAUUUUCAAAGUUGUAGGAUGAUAAAACUA